AAUAUGUCGUGUAUUCUGGUUCAGAAGUCGUAUUCAGCACGAUAAUGUUCAGCUAUUAAUAAGCCGGAGCAACCGAUCACUGCACUCGUCGAAUCUUAUCUGCCCACGAGCAUUUUUACGUAUUUCCCAAUGAAUCCUUUGCAAGUAACUCGUCGCGAAUUGUAUACAAAGUUAAUAACAUAUGUGGACCGAGUGGCGCCUGAAUCUUUUAUCGUCGCACAUUGUAUAAAGUGUGAAAUCCUGAUACGGUCUUGUUAUUCGUCACCGAUAUAAUUCCUCGUCGUUUUCCGAAACUCCGGCGCAUACGAAGUUAGUGCACAAUCAGCCUCCGAGCACACCAUGUGCUUCCUCCUUCUCAUUUAUCUCCUCUUAUCGGGCAACGUCGCGGAUGUUUUCACGGAGGACGCCGACUGUCAGGUUUACAACCACCUGUAUGUCUGUUUGGGGAACGGCGACGUUCUUCACGGCGUCACCUUCGAGGACGUCAACGCCGUGCAGACGAUUGAGGAUAUCGAAUUGCAUCUGGAGAAUCUCGGGAUCGUUAACAUCGCCCGGAACGCCUUCGCCGAGGUCAGUAACUCAUCCGCGCUCUACACCCGCGAUAAUCGACUACCAAGUAUCAGCCGGCAUUACUUCGACGCCCUGGAUCAGCUCACCUACUUGGACCUGAGGAACAAUACGAUCACCAACGUGGAAGACGGUGCCUUCGCGAGUUUGAGCAAUCUGGAGACUCUGCUGCUGGAUCACAACAACAUCUCGGACCUGCGGCCUGGCGUGUGGAGGGGUCUCUCGGAGUUGCACGAGCUCUACAUCACCAACAACCGGCUUGCGUUGAGGAGGAACAUGUUCAAAGGUCUCAGGCAGCUGGAAACGCUGGUCCUGGACUCGAACGACAUACCGGAGAUACCGAUCGGCGCGUUCAACGGGCUGCCCCAUAUAGACCUUCUCUAUCUGUCGCGCAACAAGAUCUCGACUUUGCAUCCCGACAUGUUCCGCGGUCUCGGCGAGAUAAACGAACUCGACUUGGGCAGAAAUCGACUGAGGACAAUUCCCGCCAAUGUCUUUCGGCACGUGAAGUCGUUGAACUCGCUCUGGCUGAACGGCAAUCAGUUGACAGUGCUGAAGUCCGACACCUUCCAGGGUCUGGACAAUUUACUGUUUCUCUUCCUAAACAACAACGAUCUCCGUUACGUGGACAUGGCGGCAUUCGCGAGAAUGGAGAACGUAACCGUGGAUCCCGGCUUCAGAGUACGCGGCUCGUUAGUGGACGACUUCGGAAAAGUCCACGGUCAAUAUCAGUGCAGUAGCGUAGCGUAUCAGAUACCGUACAACUGUACGGAGAUUGAUUCGUAGAUUCCAGGAACCAGCUCAAAUUUUUAAAGGUUACGGCCAAGACAAUCCUCCUCAUCCUUGCUACUGGAAAACUUCCAUAGAUUAUGGCUGGCACGCACCGACAAUUCAUA